AUGAAGUAAGUAUAUAGCAUAAUUAUUAGUAUGGUUGAGAAGAAUGCAAAUUAAAUAGUAAUUGGAGGGAUGUUUGACGAUUAAAAGCCAUAAAUUUGGAUCAUUAAUAUGAGGAAUUUAGAAAAGUAAAGAACACUGCUAUUUCGAUAUUUACAAGUCUUUCACAAUCAUAUUUAAUUUGAUAAUAUUGUAAAUUAGAAUGCUUUUAUGGUUUGA